AUGAAUGCCCUUGCCAUAGAUCUGAAUCGGACCUUUGGCUCCCAUGCUAAAUUUCGUGUCGGCAACAAAUCUCAAAUUUUCUACAUCUGGUAUUCCUUGUAUGCUUGGGGCAUACCAGCAUUGAUCGUAGGUGCUUGUCUGGUUAUUGACCUGUGCGACUGCACCAAUCUGCACUUGAACUACGGCAAUGAUGGGCUAUGCUGGUUGUCUAGCGGGAAUGUGAAUCUGUUUGCCUUUGGUGUACCUCUUGCAGCACUUCUGUUCCUGAACGCGAUCCUGUUCACAGACACAGUGGUCGGGAUUAGACUUACCAAAAAGGCCGCAGAGAAAGCAUUAAAGGAGCGACCAGCCCUGGCCAAAGCAAAAGAAGAGUUGUCCCUUUAUAUCAAGUUGUCUGGUGUCAUGGGUUUUACAUGGAUUUUGGCUUUCGUCUGUGAAUAUGCCAACAUCCCAGAGCUUUGGUAUAUCUUCACUGCCAUCAAUUCCUUGCAAGGAGUCUUUAUUCUUCUUGCUUUUGGCUUCAACAAGCGUAUUAUCGCCAUGUGGAAGGAGAAACUGGGAGUCAGGCCUGAUGAUGUCACCUCCAGCACUGCUGAUACAAAGAGCACCAAUACCGGCAAUACCAUGGUUAAAAAAUAGAUACUGCAAAUAAAAUGUUAUGACUCUUUUAAAGAUGUAAAGCUACUCUACCAAUGUUAUGGCCUCAAACGCAGCUUCUGUGCUAUGAUUAUUAA